AUGGUGCCACCUGUGGUGCUGAUUGACGUGUGGAAACGCGAUUCAGCGACACUGGAUACCAGAAGGUUAGGGGGAGCGUUCGCUCUGGUUUCGACCAAUGUGAAUCCCUUACGAGAGCACGCAGACCUCCAUAAUCGUUCCACCCACACCACGGUUGGACACCGCCCGCCUACUUGGCGAACACUCGAGUUGGCAAAGCCACGAAGGCAGCUUACACAGGUCGGUGUGGUUAGGGUGGACAAGGAGGAGGUCACUGUCGAACGACCGGCAUUCUGUAGUUCUUCAUGGAAAAGCUACAGGUCCGGCAAAUUCGACUGCACCUGUGACCGCCGGCCGGCCUGCUGUCAGGUAAUCCCCACAGACGCUAAAUCAGGCGGCAAAAUCGACGUUGCUGGGUUAAAAAAUGACUGA